UUCCGUGAUUGAGAAUUCCAGACACACGCACAACGUCGAUUUGGGCUAUUUUGAUUGGUCGAGCCUGGCAAGGCGCAUCCUUAUUAUUCGGGUUGGACGUCUAUUUACCAUAACCAGCUAGCGCUAGACAGCGGACUAACGAGGUUCAAUCACGACUUCCACACGACCGCGCGUCCAACCACUAGGUCAUUAAUUUAAUCCAGCUAAGGUUGCAGGAUGUCAACAGAAAACGAAUUUCGGCAGGGUCCCCAGCAAUCUGCUGGUAGUGGGUACCAUGAUCCUCAAGUCUCUUCUGCAAUGUUUACACAGCAUGGUGAGCACAUGGGCUUGGACCCUCUUGAUCCUUGGUCAAUGGACAGAAGCAUCAUGGCUCCACUUAUAGCAGAAUAUGACCGCCAUAUCGAUGACAUGACCAGGCAGCUGCAGCUGUAUCAGAGGCAGAUGGCUGACAUCAAAGUGAAACUGGAGACUGUUAUUCAAGAAAAUGAACGUCUGCAUGCGGAGCUCCGCGCGUCAGUGGAGAAACAGCUCCAGGCAUUGCCAGUGGGGUCUGGCUUGGAUGGGGAGUCCGUGGCCGACGACGUGAUCCUAAAGAGCCUAAAGGAUCAGCUGGAACAUUCCGGAAAUGAGAAGCAGUGGGCUAUGGAGAUGUGGCAGACCGCUGUGCAGGAGCUGGAGAGGCUGCAGAAGUUGCAUCAGAGCUCUGUGACGGAUGGCCAGGCACAGGCUGCCCAGCACCAACAGCUCAGAAACCAACUAGUGCAAGUCCAGCAGCACCUACAGCAACUGCAAACCAUGAAUCAGAAGCUUGAGUUGACGAACCAGCAGUUCCUGAAGACGGUGACGGAGCAGAGCACGGAGCUGGAGGAGGUGCGUGGUCAGCUCAGGCAGGCGAAGCUGGACCUGAGGACGGCCACUGGCAAAGUGGAGGAGAUGACUCGCCUCCUGCAGAGUGUCCAGGACCAGAUGCAGAGGAAGGAGGACGAUGCAGCUGAGGCCCACGGCAGAGAGGAGACGUCUGACCGGCGGCUUCAGCAGCUGCAGACUGCAUUGGGGCAGCUGGAGAGCAGGCUGAAGGCGGCGACCCAGGAGGCGGAGCAGGUGCGUCGGGAGCGCGUGACGUGGGAGCGGCAGGUGGGCGAGCUGCAGGGCCGCUGCUCCACGCUGGAGGAGGAGAAGUACGAGGCCUACGCCAAGGUGCGCGACUCCAUCCAGCUGGCCGAGGAGGCCUCGCUACAGAAGGAGCAGGCUCAGUUGCGAGAGAAACAGAAGGUGGAGGAGCUGGAGAAGAUGAAGGAGGCCAUGAGACAGCUGGUCCAGGAUGCCGCCAUCAGAACCCACAAGGAGGUGGAGAACGUCAGGAAGCAGUGUAACAUCCAGAUCCAUCGGAUGGCGGAGGAGCUCUCGGCUCUCCAGCUGGAAUGUACUGAUAAAGAGGCUCAGAUCGAGCGCUCCCAUCGCGAAAGGAAGGCAGUGGAAGAGGAACUGGAGAAGAUGUACAAAGAAGGGCGGAGCGGAGAGCCAGAGUUCCGUAAGAUGGAGGUCCUGCAUCAGCGGUGUCUGAACGCUGAGCGCCUGAAGGACGACAUGCACCUCACUCUCCAGACCACACAGACCAAGAUGAAGAAGAUGGAGAUGGAUUACACAGAGGAGCUGUCGCGGUGCCAGGAGGAGGUGCGGCGGCUGCAGGCUGCGUUGGCGGGCGCGCGGGACGACUGCGGCUCCAUCAGCGAGGAGCGUCUGCAGCUGCAGCAGGAGAACCAGCAGCUGCGCAAGGACAUGGAGGAGCAACGUAAAGCCAGCCUGCUCGCGCAGAGGAAGGCCAAGCAGCAGGUGUCCCACAUGGAGCAGGAGUUCUCGGUGAAGGAGCAGGGCCUGGACGCUCGUCUACGUGAGUUGGAGGAGAGCCGGCAGAGCUCCAGCGCUGACCUCACACGCCUGCUGCUGGCCCAGCAGAAGACCACCAGGCGCUGGAAGGACGAGGCCAAGAAGCUAGCAGACGCCUUCGAGAGCAAGCUUAGCAAUCUCAAGAGUGAACUUCUGAGGCAGAAACAGCGAUCACAGGAGCUUGAAAAUCAGCUAGAAGCAGACCAUGAAAGAACCCUUGAGUAUGAGCGGCAGGUGUCGGAGUACCAGGAGAGGAACGGCCGUCUGCAGAGACGGCUCUCUCAAGCGGAGCAGAGAGCGGCUUCAGCUUCACAGCAGCUCACUAUACUUCAGAGACGGAAAGCUACUUCCCUGAUGGAUCUGGAGACUUUGUAAUUAGUUGGUAUCUCUCUCCCUUGCUCAUUUUUAAAAAAAAUAAAAUAAAAGUGUUUGUGACAAACA